AGUUGGGGUUCAUGUUGUGGAAUGUCCGCAAAACAUGUUCCUGUUCAAGCUUACGUUAUAUCUGCGAUUAACAGGAGCAUUUUCCUCAGGAGCAUUUUCUUUUCUCUAGUUCUAUCAACAAAAACAACAACAACAACAACAACAACACAGCUUUGAGAAACUGUAAAAAGCGUAAACUCUUCCGUCCUGUAGAUUUCCCCGUCCUGGGAAACUCUGCAAGCACAGUGACCGUUACAAAGCGCCGGCACUGGAGACUCCUUCCAUAAAGUUUAAUAAAUGUCUCCAAACCAAAACUUCCAGCGCGUCGGUCCGUACAGGACUUCAUGGAGGUUUUUUUUGUUAUUGUUGCGGCUAAAAAUGCUCGAUUUUACUGCGCAUUUUUUUCAAAAAUAUGCAACGGACUUUUUUCUUUUUUUUUUGUCGGAAAACUAUUCGAAUUGGCGAAAUUGCACUCGCAUGAUAUAUUUUUCUUUCUCGGUGAUGUUUGUUGGUAAACGAGGGCUUUUAGCUUUACUCUUGUCUGACGCGCAUGAAUCGAAGAAGGCUUUGGCUGAGCGCUCGUCGUGAUGACGUCACGUGAUGCGUCUCGUCCCGAAUCCGCGUUCACUUUGGAAAAAUCGCGAGUUCCUCCGAAUAUUGCGGAGUUUCCUUGAUCGCAAAAUCGUGUAGGGACCGGCGCAUUCAUGAGCAUGAACGAGCUGUUACUAUAGAAACGAUCACGCGUUAGAACGAGUGCAUUCGUAUAAACCUGUCGAACUACUGUCCGGCUGUAACGUGAACUCUUCUGACCAAUCAGAUUCGAGCGUUUAGCCGCGUUGUUGUGAAAGAUGUUUUAAAGUUGAAUGAAAUCCCGUUGAAUCUGCUCCAUGAUUUGACUUUCAUUGUAGAGUUUUAAAAACGGAAUUAACGCCCAAAUCAGGAGCGCUGAUUGAUAUUCAGGUUUAUGGCAUUGAACUUGUUCUAGAAUUUCAGUUCUGACAGGAAGCGAGAGGGGUUUGGAAGCAGGAGCGAUGUCUCGAGACCCGGAACUCCUGAAGCCGAUGAAGAAGAGGAGGAGGAGGGAUUAUUUAAGCCCCUCCGAGGAAGACUCCGAGCCUGAGCCGAUGGAAGGGAAAGCUGAAGACCUAAAAACAGAAGGACAAGAAAAAACAGGAACAGACGCUAAAGCCGAGUCGUGGUCGUGGGCGCAGUAUCUGGAGGAGCAGAAGGCCGUUGCGGCUCCGAGCAAACUCUUCCAAGAGUCACAGCGAGUUCCUGAAAGUCCCAACAACUUUAGUCAAGGUAUGAAGUUGGAAGGAAUCGACCCCCAACAUCCCUCCAUGUACUUCGUCCUGACUGUGGCUGAGGUUUGCGGUUAUAGAUUACGUCUCCAUUUUGACGGUUACUCAGACUGCCAUGACUUUUGGGUCAACGCUAACUCCCCUGAUAUCCACUCUCCGGGGUGGUGUGAGAGCACGGGGCACAAACUACACACUCCUAAAGGGUUUAAAGAAGAGGAGUUUUCAUGGUCCAGCUAUUUAAAGCUCUCCAAAGCACAAGCCGCUCCACAGGAACUGUUCAGCGAGCCGGGAAAUAUCGAGACCGACGAGGAGUACGGCUUCGAGGUCGGAUUAAAGCUGGAAGCUGUGGACCGCAUGAACCCGUCUCUGAUCUGCGUUGCCACGGUGACCGACAUCGUGGGCAAACGGUUCCUAGUGCACUUUGACAACUGGGACGAUACGUACGAUUACUGGUGCGAUGCUCGAAGUCCGUACAUUCACCCCAUUGGCUGGUGUAAAGAGAGGGCCCUCCCCCUGACACCUCCACAAGAUUAUCCCGAGCCGGGUCGGUUCUCCUGGGAGCGUUACCUGGACGAGACCGGAUCCACGGCGGUGCCUGCGGACGCUUUUAAAGUGCGUCCUCCUCACGGCUUCCAGGUGAACAUGAAGCUGGAGGUGGUGGAUAAGAGGAGUCCGGCGCUGAUCCGUGUGGCCAGCGUACAGGAAGUGGACACGCACAGGAUUAAAAUCCAUUUCGACGGUUGGAGUCAUGUGUAUGACGAGUGGAUGGACUCUGAUCAUCCUGAUAUUCACCCCGCUGGAUGGUGUGAGAGCACGGGUCAUCCUCUAAAACCUCCUCCCUCGACCCCGCCCAGUGUCCCGCAACCUAGUCCGAGGGAAAGCGCAGCUGUAACUCCGCCCAGUUUCGCCUCAACGCCAUGUAAAACCGGCCCGAAUUCCCGCAGCUCCUCCAAAUACAGCUUCCACAACAGGAAGUGCCCUACUCCUGGGUGUGACGGCUCAGGUCACGUGACCGGACGUUUUACAGCGCAUCACUGUAUAUCCGGCUGCCCGCUGGCUGAGAGGAAUCAAGGGCGGGUCAAAACGGACCUAUCGGAUACGGAGGGAUCCAAACGCAACCUCCUCGUCUUCGGCCAGAGGGCUAAAAAGUCUCGCUACCAUGGCAGGAUUGGCCGUCCUCCGAAAUAUCGAAAGAAUCAACAGCGAGCCUAUCAAAACAUGACUUCAGAGAGCAUGUAUCCCUCCCUGUUCAUGUCUGCACUGACGGCGAGUUCAGAUCGGACUCUCUCUCUCUGCUGGGAGCAGCACUGCAAGCUCCUGCCUGGUGUCGCAGGAAUUCACGCCAGUCAAGUAGCUACAUGGAGCGUAGAUGAAGUGUUCGGCUUCGUGCAGAAUCUUAUCGGGUGUGAGGAGCAGGCGCGGCUUUUCAAAGACGAAAUGAUCGACGGAGAGGCGUUCCUCCUGCUGACUCAAACGGAUAUAGUGAAGAUCAUGAGCAUCAAGUUGGGACCGGCCCUGAAGAUCUACAACGCCAUUCUGAUGUUCAAGAGCACCGAUGAAGGACUGUAGACGCCUUCGGCUCCUCGGUGCUGCGCCACGUUCUCAUCCAUCCACGAUCCACCACCCAUCAUGUGUUUGGUGUUUACUGCUGUCCCCACCAGAGAGAGAGAGAGAGAGAGAGAGAGAGAGAGAGAGAGAGAGACAGAGAGAGAGACACAGAGGGAGGAGAAAAAUGAGACAAACAUCAGAAAAGAGAAAGUAAAGCGUAACUGAGCCCAAUCGGACGCUGCUGUAUUUUUCCAAAAUGCUGAAUGUUAUGGCGUGUUAAUGGACCGUCACGGUUCCUCAUUCUUCUUUCUGCUAACUUUAUGUUACAAAAAUCCAGAUUAAUGAUUCCAUUACCCAGGGGGAGAAAAAAAGAUUGAAUAACGACACCGCGCUUGAUGGUGUUUACGUCAUCGUUUUGUCAAAAUGUUUACAAACCAGAGUUCCAGAUGUUCUCCUAGUUCUUCCUCCAGGUUCUCCAGUUUCCUCUCACUGCAUAAAAACCUCUACAUCGCGCCUGGCGUCCCAUCCGGGGUGUGUUCCUGCUCUAGAGCGUUUACUGAAGAGGACAAACUCUUACAGAUGCGAUCCAUGAAUCACAAGCAAGUCCAGAACCGAGGUCAUAACAGACACAGGAGGUCAAUUCUGAUAUCUCGUCUAACGCUGCGUUCGUGAACACUUUAUGAUGCUUUAAAGUGGGAGGGCUGCGGCGUAUCGAGGUGUUUCAGAAGUCUUCCCCCUUUACAGAGUUGUCACAAUGCGUUAAAAAUAAAUAAAUAAAUACUGGAGCAUGAUUGGACAGGUGGGUUAGGAUAGGCCAAGGCGGCGCUGAUGAUGGCGUACAUCUCGCCGAAUCCUGGCAGACUGAAUACACGGUACGAGUAUUCGUACUCGGAGGAGCAGAGAGAACGAUGAGCAUCCUUGAUGGUCCGUAAAGGAAUUUUUUAAAGACGGUAUUAGUAGACGGAGUCGCACUUUUCAGCAGAGUGUGAACAGAGCUGUUUUACAUGAAGAAAUAAAUAAAUUAAUUAAUUGGUGCUACCCCGAUAUUAAUGAUGCACUUUAUCUGAUUGGCCACUAGGUGGAGUAAAUGCACAUUCUGAGCCAACUCAAUCAUCAGCAUUUACCCUUCAGCCCAUUUCUGGAGCUACUUUAUUAUGUUGCUUAUAAAAUUAUAUAAAAAUGAUCAACUGGUGUUUGUAAUAAGAAUAAAUAUUGUUAAUGAACUAACAGGGAUUGGUACUGUUUACAUCUAAAGCAAUGUCUGUCUUUUUUUUGGUGAAUUAUUCUCUCUCUGAUGGGAAAUAAUAAUAAUAAUAAUAAUGAUAAUAAUAAUAAUAAUAAUAAUAAUAAUAAUAAUAAUAAUAAUAAUGUACAGACCUUAAGUAAAAUAUGUCCUUCAGCUCAUCCACAUGAAUAAACAGUUUAACUUCAAGACUGACUCGGUGGACAUUUGUUUGUGAUUGUAAUAUAUCGCUUACAGGCAAGUCCUGCAGAACGUGAUAAAGCACCAGUUAUUUUCCUCGUGGAACUGGUAUCUCUCUAUAUCACA